AUGGAUUUUGAUAAUAAUAUGGUUAAUAACUCAAAGGAAGUGAAUCUUGAUGAGAGCUCUCAGAAUUCUUUUCCCAUUACCAUUAAUGAUAUUCUGAGAAAAGUUUCACACAUUUCCAAUUCUUAUGAGAAAUCGUCCGAAUUGGCUCUUCACAUCCGCAAGUACGGAGACGAAUUGAAAAAGGUCGAACAUUUGCAGCGCGAGCUUCCUUUGAGCAUGGAGCUUUUGCAAGAGGGGAUAGUGAGAUUGGAGGAGGAGAAGAUGCAGUGUAAGGUGAACAAGAGUGAUCCCAAAGGUGACGAUCCAGGGGCAAAAAUGUCAAUGGACGAUAAGAGCUCUUGGAUGCGUUCGGCGCAGCUCUGGACUGCGCCGGUCGAGUACGAAACCGGCAUCGAUAACAUUCCGAUUUCAAAAUCGAAGAGGGUACACGCAAGCGGCAGAGUGGCAUUUGCGCCAUAUAAGAAGCCGUCUCAAUUGCCCAAACAAGAGGAAGGGAAACUACAGAACAAGUCGAGGCUGUGCUGGGGGAUGGAGAUGCACCUCAAGUUUGUCGAUGCACUCAAAACUCUGGGUGGAGCUUAUGUUGCAACCCCAAAGCGAAUUCGUGCGGUGAUGCAAGUGAAAGGCUUAACCAACGACCAAAUAAAAAGCCAUUUGCAGAAAUACAGGAUUCACUUAAGACGGGAGCAGGAGAAGAAUUUAUCGGCUGGAACCUCGUCCGGUUUGCAAUGCCUCAGUGACUCUCAAAUGGGGACAAUUGAUGGCUCCUCUCAAGAUCUCAACUUAGCCAAUCACAGUGUCGAUUAUGAUGAUGUCAUGCAAGAAAAUUAG